CGCCCGGGCCGCACGCUCAGGCUCAGGCCAGAUUCGAUUAGGAUCCAUUCGGACGGAGGAAAAUCCUCUCGUUUCUGGAGCAGUAGGCGGGUCUUUGGAAAGUUUGAAUGCGAUGGAAGUGUUCUUAUACUUUCCAAAGAUGUUGAAGGGUGUCCYGUGCGUGAAUAUGGACACCUGGCUGGUAGUGUCUCUGUUCGUGUAUGUCCAGUUCUGCUUCAGUUUAGACUAUGAAGGGUCGGCCUACUAUGUCUAUGGAGAUGAUGAAGACACGUAUGCUCGUAGAAAUGGAGGGGCCGCUUGGUGCGCCCCCAUCAAGGUGAAGCACGGCGAUGUGAGCUGUCGGAGUCCCGACGGGGAAUACUAUGGUAACGUGAUGGGAUCGCGCUGUAUGAUCCGCUGUAAGAGGGGUUACGAGAUGCAGCAUGGACACGCAGAGGUGGUGUGUAUGGCCAGCAAACACUGKUCAGGGAACUACGCCUGCAGGGAGAUCCGGUGUCCUAAGCUGCAGAUGCCUGCGAACGGGGGCUAUACAUGUUCAGACGGCUCCUACCUUAACUCCCGCUGUGAGUUCUUCUGCUCCCCUGGAUACAGUCUGAAGGGGCCCAAUACUGUCACCUGCCAGUACCACAAGACCUGGACCUCAGGAGAGAGCGUCUGUGUGGAUGUUGACGGCCCAGUAAUAAAGUGUCCUAACCUGAAGGAGAAGACAGCAGAGCCGAGCAGGCUCACAGCCAGGGUGACCUGGGACACACCAGAGGGCAAGGACACGGUUGACGGCAUCCUCACCGAUGUUAUAUUGAAAGGGAAGCCUCCUGGACACUUCCCUGAGGGUCUCCAUAAGAUGUCCUACACCGUCUACGACCGCACAGGGAAUAAGGGCAGCUGCCGCUUCUCUGUCAGAGUACGAGUGCGUCGCUGCAGCCCCAUGACCCCCCCAGACAACGGUUUUAUGAAGUGUGAUAGCGAUGGUAAUAACUAUGGAGCAACCUGUGAGUUCAAGUGUACAGGAGGGUAUGAGCUGCAGGGCAGCGCUGCGAGGGUGUGCCAGUACGGUCUCACCUGGUCUGGCACGGAAACCAACUGUGCAGCUAUGAACAUCAACGUGGGGGUGCGUACGGCCUCAGGUCUGCUGGACCAGUUCUAUGAGAAACGACGCCUCCUCAUCAUCUCUGCUCCCACUGCUGCCAAUCAUUACUACAGGUUCCAGAUGACUGACCUACAACAUGCCCAGUGUGGUCUGGACCUCAGGCAUGUGACAGUGAUUGAGCUGGUGGGGAUUUACCCAGCACAGAUYGGCCGUAUCCACCACAGACUUAUCSCUCCAGGGCUGGCCCUACAACUCAGGUUACUGCUCCAGAUCUCCCAUAAUAACUUCAACAUGGUGAUGAUUGACAAGCAGGGGAUGGACAGGGAGCGCUACACGUACCCCAUCACCUCAGCCCAGAUCUUCACCACCAUUGACACAUGGCAGGGACGCAUAGAUGAGAUGGUGCUGCAGCAGCAGGAGGCAGGCCACACCUGCCAGUAGUACAACAGCUCAACAACGCCCUCACCCCCCAAAAAAACCCUACCCCCAACCAGAAUCAUAUAGAGAGGGGGGCCAGGUUUUAGAACGGCUGUCAUGUUAGCGCCUUCAUUCUUGCUGUAAACAAUCACAACAGAGCAGUGUUUUGUGUUUAACAGACAUUUUUAUUGAUCAGCAUUUGGGAUAAUUAUGGGAAUCCAAGGCAGUACUGUGUUGUGGCGUCAACAAGUUGCAUAUCUGCUUUCACUGGACAUCUUYAUAGGUUUAGAAAACUACCAGCACAACGUGGAAGCGUCAAUAUUCACUUAGCAACGGCUAUGGAAGAGAAAUUGCCGCUUUCGUUCAGACAAUGCRCAUUGGCCCAACUCUCUCUCUCUAUAUAUACAGUAUAUAUAUAUGACUCUGCCCCCCACUGUCUCUUUCCACCCCCACCCCUUUUCCCUCCCCCUAUGGGACAGUCCUUCCCAUCCCAACAAAGACCCUUCUGUCACUUAAACCCAAUUUACUACUUAAACCAAACUGUCGCUCAAGCUUACUACCUGAACCCAUGACUCCCAUGAAGCUUACUACCUGAACCCAAGAUAGUAAAGGAUACAUGAUAUACAUAUGAGAUGAGUAAUGCAAGAUAUGUAAACAUUCUUAAAGUGGCAUUAUUUAAAGUGACURGUGUUCCAUUUAUUAWAGUGGCCAAUGAUAUCAAGUCUGUAGGUAGGCAGCCACCUCUCUGUGCUAGUGAUGGCUGUUGAACAAUCUGAUGGC